AUGGAACAUGGAGAUACUGGCGAAAACGAAAACGAGAUGCUGGACUUUUGCAUCCGCGACUAUGGCUGCCCCGGCUGCGGCACGAUCGACAGCGACAGCCUCACCCAGGCGGGCAGCACUUGCACCGCCGCCUUCUCGUCCUACGGCUCCAUCAUUAUGAGCGAUACGACCGUCACUGUCAGGAACACCGCAAACAACUGGCUGGUCCGCAUCUACGAGGUUUCUUGGCCCCCCGUGACGGCCGGAGACACCUGCAUAUCGGCCUGUCAGUCUACCAACUCCCCCGCCAACGGUCUACAGGUUUGUUCUCAAUAA